AUGAAGAAGUUUCAUCUUUCUAGGGUUUCGGAAUCUCUCGAUUCCAUGGAUGCCUUCUAUGAUUCCUCUUCAUAUCAUCAAUCGCACAAGUCUCUCGGUUUAUUUUCCUCUGUAGACAAAGUCAAGGCAAAGGAUUUUGCUAGUAUUCCUUUCAUUAAUGUUGAUGAAGUUGGUGGCAACACGCUGAGAAACUCGUUUGUUAAACUUCAUACACAUGAGAAUUCUGUUGAACCUGAGACAAAGGAUACCAGUGGUGAUGUAUAUUUGUCGCUGUCACGUCAGAAUGGAUCAGUUGGCAUUAAUUUAGAGGGUGAUGAAUGUGUGAAAAAAAGUACUACAUCAAGAAUUCUAUUAACAAGCUACUUCCCAGCUUUUCCGAAGCAUUUUGACGAAUUAUAUUAUCCCAAAGGGGACCUGGAUGCUGUUUCCCUAAGUAAGAGUGAUGUUAAUCUAUUACGACCAGAUACAUGUAUGAAUGACACAAUCAUCGAUUUUUACCUUCUAUAUAUGAAGAAUAAGAUACAAGAGAAGGAAAGGGCUAGGUUCCACUUUUUCAAUAGUUUUUUCUUUCGAAAGCUGGCUGAUUUGGACAAAAAUCCCCACAAAGCUUGUGAUGGCAAAUCUGCAUUUCAACGUGUUCGUAAAUGGACAAGAAAAGUUAAUUUAUUUGAAAAAGAUUUUGUUUUCAUGCCUGUGAACUUCAAACACCACUGGAGCUUAAUAGUAAUUUGUUAUCCUGGCGAAGUGGUUAAUAUUAAUGACAAAGUGCCGGAAAAGUCACUUAGGCUACCCUGUAUACUGCAUAUGGAUUCUAUCAAGGGAUAUCAUAGUGGUCUGAAAGAUCUUGUGCAAAGUUAUUUGUGUGAAGAAUGGAAAGAGAGGAAGAUGGGUACAUGUGGAGAAGACCUCUCAUCAAGAUUCUUGAAUAUGCGUUUUCUCCAAGCUGCGGUACCACAGCAGGAAAACAAAUUUGAUUGUGGCCUCUUUUUACUUCAUUAUCUAGAGCGCUUCCUAGAUGAAAUUCCAUCUGAUUUCAACCCUUUGAUACUAAUCAAGUUCUCCAACUUUCUCAAUGUGGACUGGUUUCCACCUGCGGAGGCGUAUUUCAAACGAACACUUAUCCAUAGGUUAAUAGUUGAGCUGGUGAAAAACCAUGACAAUGAAGGCUUUUCCCAUGACAAUGUUGAUGACCGCCACUCCUCAGAAUAUAAGGACAACAAGAUUGGUGGCCAGUGUCAUUUAAUCAACGGGGAGGCAUCAACAUCCCAUGCUGGCCGGGGAAUAGAAAUGGCUCCAUCUUUUGAUACUUCUAGUAUGGCUCUUAAAGAUCAUUUUGAACCAGAAGCUACAUUGGGAACUUCACUGAGACAUUGCCAAUCUUUUGAGCGGCGAUCAUCUAAUCACUGUUUCAAUGGUUCAAUAUUUAAAAUGGAGGAAGAUAUGGAUCUCAAUGCACAUCUACAAGCAGAGCAUGUAAAGGCUGAGUCAUCUCUAGAUACAUCAAGUCGUACAUCAGAUGAUUCAGAUGACGUAGAGAUAAUUGAAAAUCUCCCAGUUAAAAAAGAAUCAAGAUCAAAUUGGAUGUUCUUAGAAAACCUUCGGCCUUUACAAGAUACGAAUAAUUCUACUGCUACUUCCACUUUGCCAGAUUUGAAUGAUCCAGUAGAGUCCAUGGAAACUCCCCAAGUUGAAAACGAAUCAAGAUCAUCGCAUGAAGAUGGACGUAGAGAAAAAAAAUGCAAGUCCAUAGAAAAGCUUGAGUAUUUGCCGGAUAUGAAUGAUUCUGUUGAUUCUGCUACUACUCUCAAUUUGCCUGUUAAAAAAGAAUCAUCGUAUUGGAUGUCCAUAGAAAAUAUUCGGCAUUUACUACAAAAAUGGCAUUUGUAUCAUGUUUCGGAUGCAGUACAUAACAAGGUCAUUGAUGAUGAUGAUGUUCAGAUUAUUGACAACCUAAAUCUUGGUUUUUUGAAGGAGCGACCUCCAAAGAAGAGGCGGCGUAUGUCUCCUUGGGUGGAAGUCAUGGAAUCCUGA